ACCACCAAUCUCUACCCCAUUCUUAUUUACAAUACAUUUUCAUCACACACUGAGAAGUUGUUAGUUGUAAUACAUUUACAACAAUGGCUUCAUUUUCAUCUUCUUUGAAGGCCUUUGUGGCUUUAGCUUUCCUUAUGCUUUUCAUUGGAAGCUCUUCUGCUCAACUUUCACCCACUUUCUACUCCAAGUCUUGCCCAAACCUUUUCACCACUGUGAAAUCUGCAGUGCAAUCUGCAAUAUCGAAAGAAGCUCGGAUGGGUGCCUCCCUUCUUCGCUUGUUCUUCCACGAUUGCUUCGUUAAUGGAUGUGAUGGAUCAAUUCUCCUUGAUGACACAUCUUCAUUUAUCGGAGAGAAAAGGGCAGCUCCAAAUUUUAAUUCUGUUCGGGGAUUUGAUGUUAUUGACAAUAUAAAGUCUGCAGUAGAAAAGGCGUGUCCUGGUGUGGUCUCAUGCGCUGAUGUAUUGGCUGUUACUGCUAGAGAUUCAGUUGUUAUUCUUGGAGGGCCCAAUUGGAAUGUAAAACUUGGAAGAAGAGAUGCCAGGACAGCGAGUCAGGGUGCUGCCAAUAGCAGCAUUCCUCCUCCAACUUCUAGCCUUAGUGCGCUUAUCUCCAGUUUCAGUGCUGUUGGCCUUUCAACCAAGGACAUGGUUGCUCUUUCUGGUUCUCACACAAUUGGACAAGCACGGUGCACCAAUUUCAGAGCACGUGUGUACAAUGAAACCAACAUAGAUAGUUCAUUUGCUCAAACAAGGCAAGGCAACUGCCCAAGAACCGUUGGCUCAGGAGACAACAAUUUGGCACCUCUUGAUCUUCAAACUCCAACAAAAUUCGAAAACAACUACUACAAGAACUUGGUCAAUCGAAGGGGACUCCUCCACUCUGAUCAACAACUUUUCAAUGGUGGGUCAACCGACUCACUUGUGCAGACAUACAGCAACAAUCCAGGCACCUUCAACUCUGAUUUUGUCGCAGCCAUGAUUAAGAUGGGUGAUAUUAGCCCCCUCACUGGAUCGAAUGGAGAGAUAAGGAAGAAUUGCAGGAAGACGAACUAAUCAGGAUCGUGAUCAUUUCAACUUCAAUAUUACUAAUAAACUAGUUUCUUGUCUUAAUUUGGUGAUAGAAAUAUAUGUUUGAAAUAGUACUUUUUGGUGUCAUUUUAUGGGCAAGGGUGAGAAGAAUGCUUGCUAUGUUUAAGCUAUGAAUGGAUGUGGUUAGACUUUCAAUUUUUUUAAGUCCUAAAUGAACACACUUUUUUGUUAAUUUUAUAUAUUUUAUAUGGAUGUGACUUUUAAUUUUGUUU